AUGGAGCGCCAGGACGCGUUCGUGGACGCCGCGGUGCUGGACUUUGUGGCCGAUCUCUCCCUGGCGUCCCCUGGAGGCCCUCUUCUCUAUGACCUUGCCCCCGGGGCGUCUCUGGGGGAGCGCGCCCUGGCCCUCAGAGGGGGCAAGGCGCAGAGCUUGCAGCCCUUCGAAGAAGAGGAAGAGGGGGAAGAGGAGGACGAAGAAGACGAGGAGGAGGAGGGAGAGGGGGACGGGGAGGGAGAUGGAGGUGAGGAGGGGGAGCCCUUACGGGGUGCCUCACUGCUUCUGGGUCGGCCUAAGAGGAAAAGGGUGAUAACCUUGGCUCAGAGACAGGCGGCCAACAUCCGCGAGAGAAAGAGGAUGCUCAACCUCAACGAAGCCUUCGACCAGCUAAGGAAGAAGGUGCCCACCUUCGCCUACGAGAAACGCCUAUCGCGGAUCGAGACCUUGCGCCUGGCCAUAGUGUACAUCUCCUUCAUGACGGAGCUGCUGGCCAGCUGCGAGAAGCAGGAGGCCAGCCAGGGAGCCCACCCUUAG